GCCAUGCGGGUGCAGGCCACGGAGUAUGGCUCACGGGUGUCCCGUGCGCGCAUGGCGCUGGUCGGCUUGAUGGGCGACGCCAGCGGCGACGGGGUCCGUGCGCUGGAGGCGAUCGCCCCGACGCUGAAGGUGCCCGCUGUUCCGUUGGAGCGUUUUUUCGACUGGCGUGAGAUUCCAGUGUACAUCGGCGACGAACCCCCGAAGGUGAAAAAGAUGAAAGGCAGUUCGAAUGCGCACAUCGAGUACUUCGAUCGCGCCGGCGUGCCCUACCCGCCGGACCUGUCCAAGUACCCCGUCGAGCUCGUGCUCAUCCUUGCGCCGCUCACCCCAUGCCAGACCGAGGUGGCGCUGUACGGGGAGGAGUGCGACCCAUGGCCGACGGUCCCGGGCCACUUCCAAUGGGCCGACAUAAACCUGUCGUUGAAAUUCUGCCUGGGGGCCGACCUCAACGGCGCAGUGUUCAGGGACGCCAUGCCGUGUCUGACAACGAAAUCGGUUCUGCUCAUGCGCGUCCUGACGGAGGACGGCGCCCG